UCGAUAAGUGGAUCAGAUUUAUUAGCGGGUCCAGAUUGGCUGCAGCACGCCAAAUGUCAGAGGAGCCACAGUCCGUGGGACUGCAUACCGCGCGUUGCAUUUAGGUGAGAGGAACGCCAGACAGACAGCGUGUCUGCAAGUGCGGCACAAUUUCAAGUGGAAGGGAAAGUAAAGCAACAGAAUGGACCUGGUCAAAAUCGCAGUGUCCAUCCACAUUCUUCUGAGUCCAGCAUGGACCUUAUCCCAUCACCCUUACAUGGACAGCGGCCUCUCAGCCCAGACAGCCCUCAGGUUGCUGGAUGAGCCGAUGAGGUUUGAUCCCUGUUGCCUCACGUCACCUCCUCCGCCACCGCUCUUCCCUCCGCCACCUCAGCUGUGGAAGCGGGGCAGUCCUGAUGACAUUAGCCUAUUAGAGCCAGGUAUAAUUGGAUUAAAGGAGCAACAAAGAGAAAAACCUAUUAUACCGGGGUGUUCACCUGGACCUCCAGGACCUCCAGGACCCCGGGGCCCAGAGGGUCAUAGUGGACUACCUGGCAUAAGAGGACCAAAAGGGGAGAAGGGAGAAAUUGGACGCCCAGGGUCAAAGGGUCGUACAGGAGCUCCAGGCCUCCCAGGGAAACAAGGACUACAAGGAUGGCCUGGUCCAGCAGGAUCCAAGGGUGAGAAAGGUGAUCCAGGACUCAUGGGAUUACCAGGACUGAGGGGACCACCAGGGACAAAGGGUUUACCUGGUUACAAAGGAGAGAAGGGGGCUCACGGUGACCCAGGGUCAGCAGGACCAAAAGGCGAUAAGGGUUCCAUUGGUUUGCCCGGGAUGCUUGGCCAGAAGGGUGAGCAGGGACCAAAAGGAGAGCCAGGAGUGUCAGGGAAGAGAGGACCGACUGGGCGACCUGGAAAGAGAGGCAAACAGGGCAUGAAGGGUGGGACUGGAGCCCCAGGAGUCAUGGGCCCCUCAGGUCCCCCAGGUUCAAACGGCCAUCCUGGGCCACCUGGUCCACCUGCUUCAGGUCUCUAUCUAGUGGGGGAAAAGGGAGAGAAGGGUCUCCCAGGUCCACCAGGCCGCUGCGACUGUGACACCAUGCUUGGAGCUAAUAACGCUCCCUUUGGAAGCUACACACAACGGGGUGGCCCCAAUAAAGUCCCCGCAAUAUUUGUGGUCAACAGUGAGGAGGAGAUGGGUCGUCUGCAUCUGGACAAUGCAAUAGCAUUCAGGAAGGAUCAGAGGAUGCUGUAUUUUAAAGAUAAAGAGGGAUGGAAGCCCAUACAGCCCUUCCAGCCUUUCCAGUCUACGGAGAAAGUCCCAGACAGAGUUGGUGUUUGUGGGGACGGAAAGGUGCAGGCCCAGCACGGAGAGGAGUGUGACGAUGGAAACCAGAUUGUGACCGAUGCUUGCCUCAACUGUAAGUGGGCCUACUGUGGAGAUGGCUACCGACAUGAAGGCAUGGAGGAGUGCGAUGGAAAGGACUUUGGUUAUCAAACCUGCAAGUCCUAUCUUCCUGGGUCCUUUGGGCAGCUCAGAUGCACUGACUCUUGCCUCAUUGAUUCCACUGGCUGCAAGUACUUCACCUGAGGAGAGAGGUUUCAAAAAUGCCUGCAAUGCAACUUUGCGAUACCUCUUUCUGAUGACGGGGAUUAUACUUCAGAUUUCGACUGAAGUAUCACCCCUUAAAAAAAAACAACUGAUGGACCGAGAGAGAACUUAAAGGAAGCUCUUGUACCUCCUCUGAGCCAUGAAUAGUCAUGGGAGUCAGCUUUGAAUCGACUGGACAUUGAAUGGAGGUUUAACUCUUUUUACUGGCCUCAGAGAGCAGCUACUUCCUGUUACUGUCACACCACCGGCUGCAGCACUGUUACGGACACUGAUGGUGAAAAACAUUUAUCAAAAAACGUUUAAUGAUUGUAACGUGAAAGAGUUACAAUGUGUAUGACUUGCUGACUGUUAAUGCAGAAAUAAGCUGUGUUCUGAACUUCUUUUGUAGUCAGAGAAAAAAAGCCUUUUCCAAAAUAGGCAAUAAUAUUAUUGAUAC